AGCACAUCUGCUCCUGAGAUGCUUUGCAGAGGUAGCUGCUUCCUUUGGUUUAACGGGAGAUGCACAGUCAUAUGUGUGCUUCCUGUAGUAUAUGUCUUUUAGUAGCACACUGAAUCUUACAAUUAAUAACCCUUACUACUGUGUCUGUGUCUGAAGCCUGCAAAGCUCAACAUCUGCAGAAUGAAGUCUUCAUGAAUGAUAUGCAUUUCAGCUCCUUUCUGUCCUGAAUCCAAAGGCAAUCCAAGGAUGGCCAGUGGGCUGUUUUGUAAAUGACCUCUACCAAAAGCCAAGUCAUGAAUGAGUUUGAAUCCUCUUUGUUUCUCUUCUUCUGUAUAGCUCUGCAAGCUGUUGUCUUACAGCCUCCACCAGUACAACAAGUCUUUGCGCAGCUCCAUGGCCAGGUUUUGUACGAUAUACAGCCUGCAUCUCUCACAUCACACGAUUUUCAGUCCAUUGAAUGGAAGAGAAAAAACACCACAAUCCUCAAUUGCUGGUCUUCCAGCAGAAACUGCAUGAAUCUGGGAGAUUCUAAAGACAAAGUAAUCUUUAAUUUUGACAAUAACAAAUUAAUUAUAAAGGAUGUGUCCGAAUCAGAUGAGGGUGACUAUGUACUAAACAUUAUUACCUACAAUGGGGUAGUAAAGCAAACACACGUCAGACUUCUUGUGCUGGUUCCAGUGUCUGGUCCUCAAAUUACAAUUUACAAAAAAUAUAUCCUACCGUAUGCAGUGAACAUGAGCUGCAGGGUUCAGCAGGGCACAGACCCUAUAUAUGCCUGGUUCAAGGAUGGACAGCUGAUUUCUGAAAGCACAUACCGCCUGUUCUCUAACAACAGUGAUACACUGCUGAUCACAAACAUAACAGAACAGGAUUGUGGUAUUUACAUUUGCUCUAUAAACAAUCAGCUAUCUAGGACAGAGGCUAAACAACAGGUUGCAGCUGAAGACUUCCCAGUGUGCCCUUCUUCUGCUCGCAUGAGCACUGGAGAAACUGUUGCUUGUGUUGCUGGGGUGUUUUGUCUCAUAAGUCUCAUUGUAUUAGUUCUUAUGGCCCGACGUUACAAAAAUCACUACCAGGGAAUCCUGGCAUGCAUACAAGGAUUUAUGCAAAUUCACCAAGAACAGGAAGACGGCAACAACAGAGGAAGGGCCAGACUAGAAAGAUGGAGCAUACAGUCAUAUACAAGCAACAGAGGGUGGAACAGAAGGGAGAAUCAAAGCUUUCAUCUGCAAUUCCUGGAAGAGGAAAUCCAAAACGAGGAAAAUCACCAAUUGGACCCUGAAAUAUCUGAUGAAGAUAAUCCCAGUGUACGAUAUGUCUACCUCGGCUUUUCACCAGCUUUGGGAUCCAACGAGAGACAAGCAGAUGAGACAGAUGAAUCUGGGUACGCCACUGUAGGGCCAUGUAGAUGACGUUGAGCCAUCCUUUAAUGAAAACACCAUCCCACGAUUGCUUCCUCACAGUGAAAUGAAGAAACCAGCCUGCCUAGGGCUGCUUAGUAGUGCCAUGGUACAGUAUGAGGUUAGCAACUGUGUAUUGUGAUACUAGGGGCAUAACAUACACAGACAUCACCUUUGGAUGUGGUAGACUCAUAAGCUGCAUGGAUUCGGAGGAUAUAGAGGAUCCACAUAACACAACAUAGUACAUCACUACUUAGGUGACGGUCAGACUACACCAGACCUGAAAGAGGUCUGAGUUACACGAAUGUUUGUAAGGCUGUUUAGCGAAGUGCAUACCUCUCAACCUCUUAGAGCAAGAAAUCCAGACAAAACCAUAAAUAAUGGAGGAACGAAGACCCAAAAAUAGGGACAAUUCUUAAAUAUUGCUUUUAGAAACUUAGAAAG